GAGAAGCGCCUCUCAGUUUGCUUCAGUAGCCUGUGGGGGAAGUGUGCUGUGUGUUGGGCAAGAGCGCCCUAGGCCAGCACAAUGAAUAGGGCACGUGCAAUGUCAUACCUCCUGUCUCGGGCUUCUCCUGGGAUCCCCCUGGGAGCAGCAAGAGCUUUGAUGCUCAGUGCCACGAGGAGUAAAGCCUCAGCACCGCCAUCAGCAGCACUAGCAGCAGAACCGUUCCUCAAUGGGUCAUCCUCAAACUAUGUGGAGGAAAUGUACACAGCCUGGCUCAGUGACCCAAAGAGUGUCCAUCAGUCUUGGGACACAUUUUUCCGAAAUGCUGCAUCUGGUGCUCGACCUGGUGAGGCGUACACUGCCCCCCCGUCCCUUGCCGAACCACAGGCCAACCAUGUGCCCCUCACAUCCCUCGCCCCGGCCCUUGCCUCCUCCCAGAUGGUCUCUGAUGCUCCUAUAUCCGACAAAGUGAUAGAUGACCAUCUGGCAGUACAGGGCAUCAUUAGGGCUUAUCAGGCUCGUGGGCACUUGGUCGCAGCACUGGACCCGCUGGGCAUUGACCGGGAGGCACUGUCAGAACGUCACCCGACAACCCUGCCCAGCAAAACUGUAGUGCGGAACUAUUUUGAUUAUAUUGGCGAGUCAGACAUGGAGCGCUCCUUCAAGCUGCCUCUCUCAACCUUUGUUGGUGGCAAUGAGACCACUCUGCCCCUGAAGGAGAUCAUCAAGAGGUUAGAAGAUGCCUACUGUCGCUCCAUUGGUGUGGAGUUCAUGUUCAUCAAUUCCCUGGAACAAUGCAACUGGAUCAGGCAGAAGUUUGAAAUGCCCGGCAUCAUGCACAUGAGUGCCCAGGAGAAGCGGCUGCUGCUGGCUCGCCUCACCAGGUCCCAUGGGUUUGAGGCUUUCCUGGCCCGCAAAUUCUCCUCUGAAAAACGGUUUGGCCUUGAAGGUUGUGAGAUUCUCAUCCCAGCAAUGAAACAGGUGAUUGAUCGCUCCACCUCACUGGGAGUCGAGAGCUUUGUUAUGGGGAUGCCGCACCGCGGCCGCCUCAAUGUUCUCUCCAAUGUGUGCCGCAAGCCCCUGGAGCACAUCUUCUGUCAGUUUGCCGGCCUUGACACUGGAGAUGAGGGAUCAGGAGAUGUGAAGUACCAUCUGGGGACAUACGUGGAGAGGCUGAACCGUGUCACCAACAAGAAUAUCCGCCUUGCCAUUGUUGCCAACCCAUCCCACUUGGAGGCGGUGAACCCAGUGGUGCAGGGCAAGACCAGGGCAGAGCAGUUCUAUCAUGGAGAUUCUGAAGGGAACAAGGUUUUGUCAGUGCUGCUCCAUGGAGAUGCAGCCUUCUCUGGCCAGGGCAUCGUGUAUGAGACCUUCCACUUGUCAGAGCUGCCUCAGUACACCACUCAUGGGACCAUUCACAUCGUCGUUAAUAACCAGAUUGGCUUCACCACUGACCCACGCAUGUCUCGCUCCUCUCCCUACUGCACAGAUGUUGCUCGAGUGGUCAAUGCUCCAAUCUUCCACGUGAAUGCUGAUGAUCCUGAAGCUGUGAUGCAUGUGUGCAAUGUUGCUGCAGACUGGAGGCACACCUUCCACAAAGAUGUUGUCAUUGAUUUGGUGUGUUACCGACGGAAUGGCCACAACGAAAUUGACGAGCCGAUGUUCACCCAGCCACUCAUGUACAACCGCAUCCGAAAACUGAAGCCCUGCAUUGACCUGUACUCCGACAAGCUGGUCUCUGAGGGUGUGGUGACGAAUGAGGAGGCCAAGGAAGUGAGAGACAAGUACGAGAAGAUCCUGGAGGAGGCUUUUGCAGCAGCUAAGAUGGAGACCCGUGUAUUUAACAAACACUGGAUUGACUCUCCAUGGUCUGGCUUCUUUGAGGGUAAGGAUCCUCUCCGUGCCUCACCAACUGGCAUCCAUGAGGACACCAUCACCCAUAUCUGCCGAAGGUUCUCUAGUGCCCCACCCAAUGCCAGUGAUUUUGUCAUCCACAGAGGUCUGCAGCGCAUUCUAAAUGCCCGCAUGGAGAUGGUGAAGGAUCGCACCAUUGACUGGGCAAUGGGAGAGGCUGUUGCAUUUGGGUCACUGCUGAAGGAAGGGAUCCAUGUGCGUCUCUCUGGGCAGGAUGUGGAGCGAGGAACCUUCUCUCACCGGCACCACAUCUUGCACCACCAAAAAGUGGACAAGUCUCAGUACAAUGCUCUGGCCCACUUGUACCCAGACCAAGCACCUUACACUGUCUGCAACUCCUCCCUCUCUGAGUAUGCAGUGCUUGGCUUUGAGCUUGGCUUCUCUAUGACCAAUCCCAAUGCUCUCGUCAUCUGGGAGGCUCAGUUUGGCGACUUCCACAACACAGCCCAGUGCAUCAUUGACCAGUUCAUUGCCUCUGGACAGUCCAAGUGGAUCCGGCAGACUGGGUUGGUGAUGCUGCUCCCACACGGCAUGGAGGGAAUGGGACCGGAACACUCCAGUGCCCGCCUGGAACGCUUCCUGCAAAUGACCUCAGAUGAUCCAGAUAUCCUGCCAGCAUUCUCAAGUGACUUUGCAAUCCGUCAGCUGUCCGACAUCAACUGGAUUGUUGCCAGCUGCUCCACCCCCGCCAACCUGUUCCACAUCCUGCGUCGCCAGAUUGCUCUCCCCUUCCGCAAACCCCUGAUCCUCAUGACCCCCAAGUCUCUGCUGCGGCAUCCUGAGGCCAAGUCUCCAUUUGAUGACAUGGUGGAGGGAACAGAAUUCCAGAGAGUGAUCCCUGAGGCUGGGCCAGCAUCCAAGAACUCUGCUGGAGUGAAGAGGCUCAUUUUCUGCUCAGGAAAGGUGUACUACGAUCUGACAGCUGCUCGCAAGGAGGCAGGACUGGAGGAUUCGAUAGCAAUCAGCAGGAUGGAACAGAUUGCGCCCUUCCCCUAUGACCUGGUGAAGCAAGAGUGUGACAAGUACCCAGAGGCUGAUUUGGUGUGGUCUCAGGAGGAACACAAGAACAUGGGUGCCUGGUCUUACAUCCAGCCCAGGAUAGCCACAGCCCUCAACUGUGAGAAACAACUAUUACCAAGUGCCUCCGAGAGCCAGGAGUCUCAGUCUUGGUACGAAUAUUGGUUCCCUUGGCUCUUCCCUACCUCGAGUCCCUCUGAGGUGUCGCCCUCUGAGGCGCCGGCUACCACUCAGAGUGAGACUCCUAUAGCCUCUGAUACCAGAGUUGUGAGGUAUGCUGGGCGGCCAGUCUCGGCUUCCCCAGCCACAGGUAACAAGAAGACUCACCUCCGAGAGUUGAAAAACCUGCUGGAGGAUGCCCUAGCUCUGUAAGUUCCUCACCACCAGGACCACCACUACUGCAACCCCAAGACUUAAAUAGCAUCAUUCUGAAAAAGAAGUUGUAACAGCUACUACAUGAUUACGUAACUAAAUUCCCCUCAAAAGUUGAUCUUCACUAAGAUUUUGUGUUGAUGACAGUUUUGGUUAACAUCAGAAAUAUUCUUGCUGAGUUUUAUGUAUAGGUUUGCCAAGGAUGACGGCCUUUCAGUGCCAUCAUAACCAUUUUGAAGCUUAUGGUAGUUGAUGGUAGUUCAGUUAAGUUGAUGAGUAUAUAUUGCACUGAUAUUGACAGAAAUAUGUAUUGUAUUCCUCUGUAUAAUAUUGUCUAAGUCACUAUCUUUAUUUGCCUGUUGUUCUUGUAGCAUAGAGCAUAUACAGACAGGACAGCCAAGGCAGAGCUGAAUUUUGGGAUCUUGGUGAUCAUCUUGGUUUGAUCAGCUGCCUAAGUGCACAAACAAUGGGAAAAGAAGCAACCUACUCAGUUUAUUAGUUUCUAAAAGUUCAAUGUUAAAGAAACUUCAAGAAUUGUCUCAUUUAAUUGUUUUAUCCUGGAGGUGUCUUGAUUAUCCUUUUCUGAGUGUGACAUGUUGCUGAUUAAACCAAGACUGUCACCAGGGCUUGAGUGGAUUGAGGUCAGCCUUGUCUGCUCUGCCUCUAUACACAGCUCCACUGAAUGAAGAGAGACUGGCAUUGGGUGGUGUGCAGUGUACAGAACAAUCAGAGUGCCAAGCAUGUGGCACUGGUGUUUCAUGGACCAGAGUAUUUAGAAAAAAAGAGGGAGUUGCUUGUAUGUGGGGAACGUUUAUGCUGUAUUUUCAGAAUGCAAGUAGUACAGAUGCCACACUGCAAAACGCAACUGAAUAUGUUAAGUACAGUGGUGAUAUUUUUGUGAGAAUGUAAGUAACAUAGCUGCCAUUAUGCAACAGGUACCUUCUGCACCAUUUAGAACAUUUUGUGGCAAUGUUUGUGAUGAGUAAACCAGCUGUCAGUAUGCAUAUCUCUCCCGGCCCGGCUUACGGAUGCUAUCUGGACAUACUCAGAUGAUAUACGAGUAACUGAUAUAUGAACACACUCCCGGUCAUGUGUAUAUAUUGUAUUUAUUAUAAUUUUAAUCUUAAGCACUGUAAAUUGAAAGUGAUUUUCAUAUUAAGAAUAUGAUAACAGUCCUAAACAUUGUUGAUGCUUAAGGAAAACAAAUUUUAUUGGUGAGGUGUUUGAUUCUCAUUGAAGAGUGCAGGGUAUUCACACACAUGGUUUUUAUUGAAAAUUUUCACUGCAUCUUGUGUAUUCAUAUUGGACAAUUUCAUUGAAUUCAUUGGUGGUUUAAUUUCUGUUGCUCCCUCAUCCUUCACACUCCAAUUCAUUCUAUGACAUUUCAUUGAAUGCAUGGCUGACAAGUAAAGUGUAUGAUAAAAGAUGAUAAUGGUAACACUGUUAACAAUCCAUUCUAACAUUGCUCAGUGAACAAGGUUGUCAUGAAAGGAAUGAAAGUGAGGAACACAAGUAAUUCCUUUUAUGAAAGAACAUUGUGUGUUUGAAUUAUAUUGAUGACUGGAUUGGACAGCUCAAUAGAAAUACAUAUAUUUUUAACUACUGUACUCUACUAACUUUGAUAUAUUACUGGACACAUCUGUAGCUUUUCUCUCAUUCUGCACUUUCCUCACUCAUGGUCUCUGUAACUCCACCUUAUUCUAUGCAAUUAUGAAUGUCUUAUUGAGGUAUGACAAACAUAUCCUGAGCUUUUCUAUUCCGACUCUUCAGUUUCUUGCUCUAUUUGUGACAGCUUCCUGUGGUUUAGUUGCUGCUAAAUAGAUGGACAGCUUACAAAGUGAGAAGCAUCAAGAAAGUAAUAGUUCACUAAUGCUUGAAAUUAUUUCAGUUAAUACUCAGGUAAUUUCCUUUUUCUUUUAUAUUCUGUACAUUUUUCUUCCAUAUUAUCUUUGUCACUAAGUUAUUGUAUUUCUUUUUUAUUUUCCUUGUUUUCUUCCCUUUCUUACGUCCAGCUAUUAUGCCACUCAACAGCGACUCAAUUGACUACCUAAUAUUGACCUUGAUCAAUAUGUGUGUAGCCUGCAGCAAGACUGUGUUAUACAUUAUGAUCAUAUGCUACUGUAACCAUACUUUGAUAAGAUAGGGUAGCUUCAGCAAGGCAUCUCAUAGCUAGAGUAGCUCUUCUCUCUUUUAUCAUAUAAGCAUGCUGCUUUUAUAGGUUGGUUGUACUCCAUAGGAAAAAAAAUAGAUCAUGGCCAUCUAUUUAAUGUACUAAUGGUUUAGGAAUGAUUAUAUGAGGCCAAGCAUACAUAAUUUCUUUCAGCAUUAGAAUAUAUGUAGGAAUUCUCCAGGCAACCAGCAGCUUAUCCUGAUACAUCCACACUCAAGGUGGCUCUAUUUGUAAGUUGUAGAGGGAGGAGAUCCAUUAUCCAUCUCUGCCAUAUCCCAAACCUGUCACAUUAGUAGCUUAUAAAAGGUAAACUGAUACAGGCACAAACGUUUCAAGGUUAUUGGUGUGUACAACUGGGUAAAUCUGCGACGGAUGUUGUAAUUAUAUCAUACACAGACAGCAUUUUAUGGUUCAAGGUUUUCAGUCACUAAGUUUUUGCCUUUGACCUCCAGAUGGUGUUUGACUAUCUGUCACCACACAGUUGUAGCAAACAUCAGAGCAUUUCUUGUGUGCCACCUUCAGUAUCUACACUUAGAUAAUAGCAGCACACAUUCUUGCACUCGUAAGAGAUAUCUGCAUGUACUUGUCAUGCUUGUGGAGGCUAAAGAUGAAAUUAAUGGAUUCAUCCCAAAAAUACAGCUUCCCUCCCUUGCAACUACCAUCCAAGGUAAAAAAAAAACAUGAUAACUAAGAAUGUAUAUUAAUGAAUAGUAUUGUAGAGAAGUACGUAAUGAGCUAGUUUAUGUGAGCUGUUGGUAACCUGGUAUGGUAUUGUCUCCGUAUUUCAUCACAAGGUCAGUCUUUAAGUGCCUAAACACACCCACACACACAUGCUGAGAGAAAAAAAAUGGCUUUGCACCUCCUUUGUACUCUUGCUAACAUGCCAGUUCGCUUCCUAUGCCACAGCUGCUGCUCUUUGAUUAAUGCAUUAAUUUUUCCUUUCAUAUCCUGUCCCUGUUUCUCUUCAGAGCAUAAUAAUCACAUUCAAAGUGUAAUGUUUUCAAUCGUGUUGGAAUUUCAAUGAAGUGUAUUCAUGAGAGGAGCUGUAUAUAAAGUUUUAUUUUUCAAGCACAGCUGUACAUUGGUGAAGCAAGUAAUAUGUGAAGAAAAUGAA